CAAAUAAGGACUCCCGACUCCUUCCCAAACAUAAAUGACAAAUAUAAUGGUGAAGCUUUUUACAAAUGGAUGAUGAGCAAAGAAUACAGAGAAUAUGUCCAUAUUCCCAAAUUCAAUGUUAGCUGCAGUGCUAAUGGUCAGCUUGUCAGCUAUAAUCCUAGUGAUCCUGAUUAUAUUGAUCAAAGCAACCCAACCAACAAUCCUGAAGAAGUUAUCAAUGUUAAACGCAAUCCUUAUGGAUAUACAAAAAAUUAUAUUACGUAUACAGAAGAAG